AUGGCGCCCAUCCCCCAGACCAUGAACGGCGUCCAGAUCAGCCGCACCGGCGGCGUCGAGGUCCUCGAAUACCGCACCGACCUCCCCGUCCCCGCCCUCGCCGAGGGCCAGGUCCUCGUCCGCAACGCCUACGCCGGCGUCAACUUCAUCGACACCUACUUCCGCACCGGCCUCUACAAGGCCCCGCUCCCCCUCACCCUCGGCCGCGAGGGCGCCGGCACCGUCGUCGCCGCCCACCCCUCCGCCGCCGCCGACGCCUUCAAGCCCGGCGACAGGGUCGUCUUCAUGGGCACCGGCUCCUACGCCGCCUACUGCGCCGUCCCCGCCGCCUCGCUCGUCCGCGUCCCCGACGCCGUCACCGACGACCAGGCCGCCGCCGCCCUGCUGCAGGGGCUGACGGCCUGGACCUUCGUGCGCGAGGCCGCCGAGGUCGAGCCCGGCGAGUGGGUCCUCGUGCACGCCGCCGCCGGCGGCGUCGGCCUGCUGCUCGUCCAGAUGCUCCGCGCCGUCGGCGCAAAGGUCAUCGCCUCCGCGAGCACCGACGCCAAGUGCGCCCUCGCCCGCGACAACGGCGCCGAGUGGACCGUCAACUCGUCCGAGCAGGACCUCGUCGCCGAGGUCGCCCGCAUCACCGCCGGCCACGGCGCCGACGUCGUCUUCGACGGCAUCGGCAAGGCCACCUUUGACGGCGACCUGCAGCUCGCGGCGCGCAAGGGCCGCCUGGUCAUCUUUGGUAACGCGUCCGGCGCCGUACCCCCCUUCGACAUCCUCAAGCUCGGCCAGAAGAACCUCAAGAUCAUGCGCCCCGUCGUCAACAACUACACCGCCACCCCGGACGAGCUGGCCAAGUACAGCGGCGAGCUGUUCGACAUGAUCACCUCGGGCAAGCUCAACAUCGCCAUCCACAAGGUCUACCCCAUACAGGACGUCAAGUCGGCGCACACCGACAUCGAGAGCCGCAAGACGACGGGCAAGCUCAUCCUCAAGCACGAAUAG